GUAACGUGCUGUGGGAAGUAGACCUUGGAGGUUUCGAGCGGGCGUGCUGUAGCUGUUAUAUGCUCGUCGAAGUACGACAUGAUAAGCAGAUGCUAGCAGAAUGAUAGAUAGACAGUGCUAUCAAGCAUUGAUGUCGCAACUUCGCCCUAUUCGCACCUGCUGUCUUGGUGCUUAUCUCGCGAUGGCGUUAUCAGUGUCUGGCUGUUGCUCAUCCUGGAUAUGCAGGUCAAUCCUGCUCCCUUAUCUAUGGAGGAGCUCAGUGCUUUUCUGCGUGACGAUGAACGAUGUAGAACAUAAAACAAAGGUUCGGGAAGCUUUAGAUUCAUAUUCUUUCCUCGUGGCCAUCAAGGUCUCGCACGUGGUCGCGCAAGAUCACGCUAUGGAUUUCUAUGACUACAAACUAUAUCCCCCACUCCCAACGAUGAGGCACUUCGAAGAAAUUAUAUAAUAGCUUCGUCCUACUUCGCACUGUCGGAAUGCUGGAUCGACAUUUGCGCUCACAAUCCAUCUGUAAUCGAAUACACGACGCAAUUAUGGAAUAUCAAGUGCUUUGCAAGCAACAACCUUACAGGUCUCUGGAGGCAAAUCUCCCUGCUGUUGUGAAAAGAUUCUUGUGGUGGAUCGGCGAGGCCGCCUUCUCGUACAGCACUACCAGCUGAAGACGGCGAGCUUGA